AUUUCUGGAGUGUCCCAAUAGCCUUACUCUUACUGUGCUCCAAACUGUGGACCUUCGGGUGGGUAAAUCCCAAAAUCAUCAUGCCUUCAGAAGAUCUUAACUGCAAUUAUGACCCCACAGAAAUAGAUGCCACCUCACUGACACUAAUUCCUACAGUGACAUCGACCACUUACACUGUUAUGGACAACCAACGCAUCUACAGUUCAUGCAUGACUGACGAACAAGAUGAUGGUCCAUCCGUUAUGGAGUGCUCAUGUAAUAACAAUCAGAUCCUAUGUGGUCCAUCGAGACCCGUGGCUGACGUCACCCCAGUAAGCUACAGGCCGGUGGAACACAAUAUAUGGACAGAAGGGCUUCAGUGGUUACCUGAAGAACUCCUGGUAAUCCGGUCCGAUAUUUUGCCUCAACCGACAAGUGAAACAAAACCGAAAGCCAAACCCAGAGUUUUGAAGAAUCAUCCUCCUAUCCGUACUUGUUCAAAGACCACAACUGACGUUCUGGAGAAUAGGAAGCCAACCUCCGUUUUAUCUCCAGCCACACAAUUAAGCCAAGGCGUCGGAACUCCUCGCGACUUUCAGAGGUCCAAUGGAAAUCAACGGUCAGUGCCAGAGUACGUUAAGGAGUGCGGUUUAAGUAGAACUAAUCCUGAGCGUAUGUCGCCUACAAAGCCACCAGCAAAUCCGAUGAAGUCGAUAGCAUUGACAGACCAGAGAGUAAAGACAAGCUGUAACGUAGACCCAGGACGGGUCAACCGAAUUCAGGAAUUUGUGAAGAAGUACUUUCCUGGACAAUCAGAAAAGAUAUUUAUGGACAAGGUAGUCCUUGGAAUCAGUGAUCUGAAGACCAACACAGUGAAGCCCUCAAACGCCAAGCAGCUGAUGGAAGCCAAUGAUUCCAAGAUCAAUGUGCAAACCACGCACCUCAAGCCACCUCUCAGUAAAUGUGUGAAAACUGUUACAAAGGGCUCUUCACUGCCAGUGAAGUGUCGCAGUAGACUAGAACAAACAGACGGCGGCCUUUCCUCCAGCACACUGGAUGUAGCAAGUAAAGCUAGUGGCCGUAAAAACCGAUUCGUGGUUGCACCGACCCAAGGAGAGUCAAAGAAUGAAAUCUCCGGCAUAAAGGCCAAAAGCGCCCGACCGUCUUCCAAGAUCAGGAUGGAGAAAGGAGACCACGUUUGGAACUCAAACUCUGCUCUCCACUCGAGGUUAGUUGAGACACAAGGGACGAAAACUCAGUCCUGUGAUCGUGUAAGUUCAAGAAUGCCAGCGCGUGUAGGCAGCCUUCCGCCGCGGUCCAUCAGGAAAGCACAAGUGGAGAAUCCAAACUCGACGCAACUCGAUAGUUUGAAUUUAUUGGCGGCUUAUCAUAGGCGGUUAGAAAGGAAGCAAGAAUUACGAGCACGGACGUCCGCACCCAAGAACACGACCGAAAAAACAAGACAGCCGCAAACUAGUGGUGGCGAUGACAAGCCAAGCACAUCCAUCCUUAACGCCGGUUUCAACACAAUCGCGCACAAGCUGCGGCGUGUGAACAUCGUACGGGAGGAGCUGAAUAGGCUUCAAGAACAAUUAAAAGAACUACGAACCUAUAACAACCUGGGUAGACUGUACUAUCUCGCCGAUGCCUUUAUAAGCACGUUGUGCACUCAGAUAGCGCCCUACGUCCUAAAUGAUACUCUUGGUAAUACUUACUCUAAACCGGUGAAGUUCACAGCCGUGAAGAAAAGAAAACGGUUUUCAUCUAUGAGGAUUCUCUCUUUUUCGCCUUCCUGCAUCAGAGGACUAUUGAACUACAGAGCAAAGCAUACCAGAAGUCAAGCGCCCGGCCGUAGGCGUCGGCUCCGUGCAGCCAACGCGAGGGCUCUACCUCAGAGCGCCACAACUUGGGUUAAAGGUUCCAUCUCCAACAGCAAUAUCCUACAAUGCCCCAGGUCUUCGAUUAAUUCAGCAAAAACACCGAAACAAACGCUACCACCAAAUCAUCAGCGAAACACCGGGUUCAAACUGUGGGGUACCUUAAAAUUUUGCAGGCUGAUCGGUCUACCUUGUUGGGAACAGAAGUAUCUCGGAAUCCGUACUAGUCGAUUGAUGCCGCGAAGUGUUGUGCUCGGAUGGUACGACCGCCUAAACCUAACUGCCUCACAGCUUGCUUACGUGAGCAGUGUGACACGACAAAUACUACAUUUUAAACUCUAGACGGAGGAGUGGAAACUUGAGCGAGGCGACAUUAAUUUGGUAAUCCAGGAACAUCACAUAUUUCUGAGUCUGUCUUGACGCACUGCUGUUAUUUGAUUGCAACGGCUUUGGGCGCAGCAGAGAAUCCAAUGAAGACGAGGGUUUAAAGGAUUCCCAAUGCUGGAUUGCACUUAUGCGUGGAUCCAUAAAAAUUUCGUGGGUUCCCACAGCGUUGUGCGUGGAACGGAACACUGUGCCAAGAAGUCCAGCUUUUUAACUUACAAGAGACAAUUGCAUCGGCUGCGCCCUUGACAGAUUGCUUUCGUAUUCGUCUUGGUACCCACCCCGUUCUCUGUUAAAAUAUUAUCCAUUUCCUCUUUCUGAUGGAUAAUUUUCAUCUCAGUACAUUUAUUUUCUCACUCC